AUGGCUGCCAAAGACUUUUCAGCAGCUUCUCCUCCCGUUUUCAAUGGUGAAGAUUAUCACCUUUGGGCCUUUAAAAUGAGAACGUAUUUGAGAGCCUUUAAUAUGUGGGAAGUAGUAGAAACAGGUAGAGAUCACCCUCCACUAAGAGCUAAUCCCACUAUAGCUCAGAUCAAGCAGCAUAGUGAAGAGUGUGCAAAGAACUACAAGCUCUUGCCUAAGAAUAAUGGCUUAAGAAAGAAGUUGGAUCAAAGGUCUUUUCAAUGUGUGAUCCUUGGUUACAACUACAAUAAGGGUUAUAGGGUGUUUGAUGUGAAGACUCAGAAGGUUAUUAUUGCUAAAGAAAUAAAAUCUGGAAUUGGGACAAGAAAAUUGCUGAAUCUUGUUCCAAAGCUAGGGUUAUAUGGCAGUCCAAAUUGUGACUCUAAAGAUGCUGUAAGAGGAACUAUACUACUCUUAGAUGUAUGCGCGGCAGAACCUUCAUGUUUCAGAGACACUGCAAAUUUAGAAGCUUGGGUUGAUAUAAUGAAAGACGAAUUGAAGAUGUUUGAGAAGAACAAAACUUGGCAACUAGUUGACAGACUAAGCCAUAGAAAUGAAUUAAAUGGGUUUCCAGAACCAAAUACAAUUCGGAUGCUUGAAGAGGAGAUAUAUAUUGAGCAACUAAAAGGUUUUGAAGUUAAAGGCAUAGAGGAUAAGGUGUGUUUAUUGAAGAAAGCCUUGUAUGGCCUGAAACAGUGUUCAAGAAAGCAAAACAAAAUUGCUCGGUCAACUGCUGAAGCAGAAUAUAUUUAUGCUGCUGUUGCUUUAAAUCAAGUCAUUUGGCUUAGAAAAACGAUGAAAGACUUAAAGCAAGAACAAGUUAAUGCAACUCAGACUUUUCGUGAUAACCAAUCAGCUGUGGCUAUUGCAAAAAAUUUAGUGUUCCAUGGCAAGACCAAGCAUAAAAAGAUUAAAUAUCAUUUUGUUCGAGAAGCUGAAAAAGGGAAAGAAGUUAUUUUGGUGCAUUGUACAAAAGCCUUACCAAGAUCACGGUUCAUACGGCUGAAAGAAGCCAUAUGCAUGUCCAGCAAUUGUGCCAAGGAGGAGUGA